AUGUCUUCAGGGACGGCUGACCCAUACCUCCAGAGCGCAAUCGAGACCGAGUGGAAGGAUUCAUCGACCAGAAACACAUUCCCGAAAGGACUACAGAAUAAUGCUGAAGAGGCUUGCUACCGAAAUGCGGCCUUGGUGUUAUUCUUCCAUACGCCUUGCCUGUUGAACUGGGCAGCAGACUUUGUUGCAAACUUCUGCGAUCCCGACCCAUCCCAUCAAGAUAUACCAUGCGUAAUCUGCCUGUUUCAUCGACUAGCAGAGAUCUUUUGGUCCCCUGACGCCGAUGUUAGACAAGACGAUGCAGCCUUUAGGGGUUACGUGGGGAUGCUUUGGGAUUUCACGGCGCCAGGGGACUGGCAGGAAGGUGAGCAGCAGGAUGUACGAGAAUACAUGGAGUGCGUGCUGCAAAGCUUUCAGCAGGAGGCGACACUUGAUCAGCGACUCAUUAUCAUCAGAGGUGGCAAACCUAUCCUCCCUGUGUUUACUUCGGUAGUGGAGAGACAUUACGCCUGUGAAGCCUGUCAAUCGGUCGAGUCUUCUUCCAAGCCGGAUGACUUACUGUUCCUGGGCGGGCAAGUCUCUGACGAUGGAGUCAACAACAAGGAGAGGAAGAAACGGGGCAUUCCCAUGUGCCCGAUGGACACUGUUAUCAACAGCUACAUGCGGCCGCAGCAGCUUUCUGGAAAGCCAUGCCGCAAUUGCAAAAAGGACAAAGACAUGUUCGAGUGGUCUCCAAUUCUUGAGACACCAGACAUUCUUUUCAUCAACGUCAACAGACAUGGUGUCAAUGGCAAAGUGACGACGCCUAUUAAAAUCCAAAUGGGUAUCGACAUAGAGUCUUGGUACGGGAAAGCGUCUGGAGGUAACGGCCCGAAUCAAUGUACUUCCUAUGAACUGUACGGUGUUUUAUUCCACAUCGGAGACAGCGAUAGUGGGCAUUACGUUGCUGUUGUCAAGGGACCGGUUGGCGGAUGGAUGUUAUUCGAUGACGAAAGUCGGCAGCACAUUUCCGAGGAAGGGAUUGAGGAGCUACAAGACGAACUUACGACAUCUUAUAUUUUCGCAUAUAGAAAGACAAGUCAGCAUACACUCCAAAAAGAGCCAGUGCCAUUGGACAACCUGGCGCCAGCAUAUGAACAGGCGUCUGGAUACGAGCUGGCAUCGGGAUAUGAGCAGUAUCAUCGCCAAGGAGAAUUGCAAUCUUCAGGUGAAAAUGCGCAAGAUCCUGUGGGAUCAGUCAAUGGAACACCAGUCUGGCUCGAAGGUACGAUCAAGAUCAAUGAGAGAGAUCUUGAAGGUCGCAUUAGGCAACAACUUCCUCUACGUUCCGAAUUCGGCCCUCUUGUGAAGCAGGUGAGGACUAGGUCCAAAGCCCAGCCAGUCGUGCUCUUGAUCACACUCCGUGAGGGUGAUUCCGACGUCGUUCUCGAGGGAACUCUCAAAGGGAACGUGAAGCCAAAAGAAAAGGUCGUUCAAGAACAAGACACAACUUCGAAGAAACCAGGGAGGAAGACACGACAAACCGCGUCAGGAACCAGUCAAUCAGCAACAUCGAAGAAGAGGAAAAAGACCCCCGAGCAACCCGAAAGUAGAGAUGAGUCACAAGAAACCAGGCAAGCAACCGAGAAAUCAAUAUCUAGGAGUAAACCAGCUGCCUCUAGGAAGAGGAAGAGGGACCCUGAACAACAAGAAACCGGAGAUCAAGCGUCAACUGCGGCAAAAAGGGCCAAGACAACAUCUCGGGGAAGAUCACGACAGCGAGGCCGGACAACAGCGAGAAACAGAAAUUGA